AGGGCCGACCAGUCCAUGUGUUCGUUGGUUCCAGCUGAGAGAGCUCGCUUCCUCUGCGUGUGUGUGCAAGGCUUUACUGUCUGUACUAUCCAACUACACGGCGAUGUAGCGUGUAAAAUCGUAAUCGGAUUAUCAAACCAAGAAAGUCGACUGUAAAAUGGCCAAGAAGAAUUUCACGGGGGCACCUUUCGGCGUCCAGACCGCCAGGUUUGAUGUUGCCGCUGUGCACCCCAAGAGUAAGAAGCCAGGAACCUUCACACAAGUUCCCUACGACAAAUAUUCCACUACAGAGCUGAAGCGGAAGCUUGGUCCCGGUGUGUACGAAGUCUAUCCGAUCAUCGGCGCCUUCAGCCAGCAGCAGGUGGAGGAGCGUGCGGAUGGUCCGGGGUGGGAACGCGCGUAUGAGACCCAGCGAAUGGCGGCCCUCCCGCAUCUACUGAACAGGGACCACUGGGAGAGAAAACAGAGACAAAAAAAAAUGCUGGGGCCUGGCACCUAUGAGGUCCAUGCGCUGGACUUUGUCAAUGCUCUGGACAAGAAACCUGCGAGUGUGAGGGGCAUCAUUCAGACCAAGGAGCAACGGUUCAGGGAAUGUGUCAAGUCGGAGGAGACCCCAGGCCCAGGUACAUAUGGAAAAGGCGGGAUCCCUGCAGCUGCUAAAGAGGAGAAGGCACAGGAGUCUGCCAGCAGGGUGGGACUACUCAGCUCAGGGGCACCAUCCUCCAGGACACUGCCCAUUGUGGGUACGGACUUGGCACCUGGUAGGUACGAGAGGAAGAGUUUUACGGAGGAGCUGUCGGACAGGAUGGUGAGCAAGCGGGGACCGUACGACCUCUUCACAGGGGAACGCAACAAACCCAUCACCGUGGGACACUUCGCUGUGCCUAAAACGGCCAACCUGGGUCCAGGAGAGUACGAGUUGAAGAGUUUCCUGAUGAAGUGGUCGGACGAACACAACACACACAAGGGCAAGUUCAGCAAACUCGCCCAGCAUCCAAAGAUUCCUGGGGACAGGAUAUACUGUCACACCCUGUCACAGUGCCCCAGACCUGAGGGUACUCCAGGUCCUGGUACACAUUCUCCAAAAGAGAUCCCAACAGCCUCUGCACACCACCUGCCACCCUUCAAGUCUUCUGCCGAACGCUUCGACAAACGAGCCAAUAAAUUCUUCCUGGGAAGUACAAAUCCUGUAGGCCCGGGUCGGUACGAGGUGCGACGGUGGGAGCGUGCUCAACACGUGAACGCCAACAGUAGCGUCUUUAACUCCAAGACAUCCCGGCAACAGAGUCUGUCCAGGAAGAAGUUCAUGAACGAGAGAAUCCGAAUGAAGGAUGUGCGUGUACAAGACCGGGUCUUCAUCGUAGAACCACAAACACCCGACACUUACCUGAUGAACAUGAACCAACCACAGGCUAUCGCUGUAGCCUAGCUGUAACAACGCU